AUGAAUCCAGCGCAUAGAGACGGCUGGCCGCCCAGAGAAGAGCACGCUUCACUCCAUCGCACUUUUGCGUAUGUCGAUAUACAUCGAGAAGAGACUGGCACGAGUACUGACGCCUCAUCACAGCGGAAACCCCCACCUGCUCAUCCUGGUGCAGCUCCUUCUCCACGCACAGGCGCUCUGCCNCCUCCAUCAGGUACACCCGACUCCGAGUCACUGACUUAUUACCAUCUGCUUACAAUUGGAACAGGUCCUUUCGCCCCUUUCCAACAGGCCCCUCACAAUAUCUUGAAUCCACCUUCGCCUCGCCAUCAGGCACAAGCAGCCUUCCCUCUCGGCCGCGACAUGCCUGAUCACCGGGACAAUAUCCAUAUCAAAGAAGAGCAAGACGCUGUGCGCCGCGAUCAGCAACGCGAGAGACAACACAUGGAGCAACUACCUCCCCAUCAAGCCCAGAGAGGGCCCAUACACAUCCAUCAGCCCGUCGCUGUACCACCAAAUGCUGUACAUGGCCCCAAUGGUCUGUUGGCCAACGCUGCUGGCGGACAUGGCCCGGUUCCAAACGCCGUCUUCAGUGGUGGUCCAGUACAACCUGCCACGCAGUCUCAGGCCAUGCUUGUUCCUAUGCAACCUGGCAGUGCUCAACCUGCAAACGUCGGCCAAGGCCAGCAGCCCAUUCUGAAUGAUGCGUUGAGUUACCUUGACCAAGUCAAGGUGCAAUUUGUCGAUCACCCAGACGUAUAUAACAGAUUCUUGGACAUCAUGAAAGACUUCAAGAGUGGAGCGUAUGUGUCGGCCUCCACAUCCGACUCUUCUGAGGUGCUGACUAGAUACAGUAUUGAUACACCUGGUGUCAUCGAACGUGUUUCGACUCUCUUUGCUGGCAACCCAGAGCUCAUCCAAGGCUUUAAUACCUUCCUGCCUCCUGGUUAUAGAAUCGAGUGCGGAACCGGUGACGAUCCAAACGCCAUCCGAGUCACGACUCCCAUGGGGACCACUGUUCAAGCCAUGCCGGCACCUCGACCUAUUUCACCUCGCGCUGCUCCCCCGACACAAGAUGGGAACAACCAGGAAGGUCCUUUGUUCGCCGCUGUAAACAGACAGGCCAACGGUAACUGGACGCCUCAAGCAGCUGGUCACUCUCACGUUGUUCACAGUCCCAGUGGCCGUCCAGUAGGCACAGCUCCUUUCGCUUCCCAGAUGGGUCCUCAGCAAGCUGCUGCGAUUGCCGAAGCUCAAGCUCGUGAACAGCAAGCUUUGAGCAUUCAGCAGGAACAGCGUGUCUCACAGUUGCAGAACGCUGUCUCUGCCGCGGCUGGUGACAACCUCGCCAGAGCCGGAAUGAUGUCUCCAAGUGGAGGCGCUGCUGCUCUUGCACAAGGCGAAAUGGUCAUCGGUCCUGAUGGACAACCUCUAGGCCACGAGAAGGUUAGACCGCAAGUUGAAUUUAACCACGCUAUCAGCUACGUCAACAAGAUCAAGAACCGCUUCCAGCAACAACCAGACAUCUACAAACAGUUCUUGGAAAUCCUGCAGACUUACCAACGCGAAUCGAAACCCAUUCAGGAUGUUUAUGCUCAAGUGACAAGACUUUUCAACUCAGCCCCGGACCUUCUGGAAGAUUUCAAGCAGUUCCUUCCAGAAUCUGCCGCCCACGCGAAAGCAGCCGCUGCUGCAAGAGCCCAGCAGCAAGAAGAGUCUGUCAUGCUCAGCAACGUGCGUGGCGAUCCUUUCUACCAGGCUCCACAACCCCACCAGACUCCAAGAGCCGAACAUCGUCUCCCUCCGGUCGGAAACUUUGCCCCAACUCCAACUGUCAACAAGGACAACAAGAGAAAGCGUGGUGACAGGCAAGGAACUGUCACCAACGCAGGUCCUGAGACAAACGGCCUUGCNAAAGCUCCAGCUUAUGGUCAGAUGGCCAAUGUCAACAAACGCGCUAAACAGGCUCAUGCUGGUAGACAAGUCAUGGCAUCUGACAUACCNCCGUCUUCGCCGACCCUGGUCCCUGCACUUCCCGAGCCUCUGCCACCAACUCAGAGCACUCUUGCAACGACUGACGAGAUGAGCUUCUUCGACCGUGCUAAGAAGGCAAUCGGCAACAAGGCCGCCAUGAACGAGUUCUUGAAGCUCUGCAACCUCUUUUCUCAGGACUUGAUUGAUCGUGCUACUCUGGUCCACAAGGCUCGUGGAUUCAUCGGUAGCAACCCUGAUCUCUUCCAAUGGUUUCAGAUGUGGGUUGGUUACACUGGUGACGAUGUAACUAUCGAAAACAAGCCCAGAGCUCCUCAAAGUAGAAUUUCCUUGAGCAACUGCCGAGGACUUGGGCCAAGUUACCGUCUUCUUCCUAAACGCGAGCGUCUUAAGCCGUGCCGCGGACGUGACGAACUCUGCAACGAAGUACUCAACGACGACUGGGCCUCCCAUCCGACAUGGGCAUCUGAAGAUUCUGGUUUCAUCGCCCACAGGAAGAACGUCCACGAAGAAGGACUCCACAAGAUUGAAGAAGAACGCCACGACUACGACUUCAACAUUGAAGCCUGUGCACGCACGAUUCAGCUUCUUGAGCCUAUUGCACAGCAGAUUCUGCGCAUGAACAACCGCGAGAAAGAGGCCCUCGAGAUUCCUCCUGGACUUGGUGGACAGAGCGAGACAAUCCACAAGCGCAUUAUCAUGAAGCUUUAUGGUCGCGAAAAAGGCCACAUGGUUGUCCAAUCUCUCCACGCUCAGCCUUAUAAGGUCAUCCCUGUGCUGCUAAACAGACUGAAGCAAAAGCUCGAGGAGUGGNNGAAACAGGCGCAGCGCGAAUGGGAGAAAGUCUGGCGUGAUCAGACACAGAAGAUGUUCUGGAAAAGUUUGGAUCACCAAGCCGUUAAUGCUAAACAGGCCGACAAGCGUCAAUUCCAGACCAAGACUCUUCUGGGCGAAGUUCACACCAGAUACGAAGAGUCAAAGAGACAACGCUUGGCUGGACAAAAUCCCCGCAAUCAACCUCAAAUGACCUUCAAAUUUGAGGACACGAGCGUAAUCAUCGACGCAUCGCAUCUGGUUCUUCUGUACGCCGAGCAGAUGCAUUCCACCGAGUUCCCAAGAUUGACCUCCUUCAUCCGAGAGUUCAUCCCUCUUUUCUUCGGUCUUGACUACGAAUGGUUCGGCAACCAGAUCAGAGCCAAGUUUGGUGACACACCUCACAUGGAUGUGGGUGACGACGCAAUCUCAGCUUUCGAUGACCCCAUUAAUGCAAAGCCUCGCAAGCCAACAACCAAGAAGGGCGAUCUUCUGCGUGGCGUUCUCGAGCGCGGACGUAAGAACCGUAAGGAUGAUGGCAGUAACACACCACUCAGCCGGGCCUCGACCCCUGACAACGCAUCCAAUGUGGAUGAAGAGAUGAGCGACAGCGCCAACGUAGUUGACGAUCUGAAGUCCGACAUUGCCUUGGACACUUGGGCGUCGCAUCCUCUGGCGGGUAACGUCCACAAAGACAAGGAGCUAUAUCUCCACCAGAUGUACCCACGUAGCAAGUUCACGCUCUACGGCAACGCAACUAUCUACUGCUUUAUUCGCGUCUUCAUAUUCUUGUAUGAGCGUCUGAACAACAUCAAGCAGGCCGAAGCCGAGGCCCACACUACAGUCGAUCGCGCAAUGGCACCCAAGCCCGCCACAGAGCUUGGUAUAAUCGACAAGCUUCCUACGGACUUCUUCACGGAUAUUAGCGAGGGUUCUAACUUCUACCGCCAAAUUCUCGGCAUGUUCGAAGACUUGAUCAAGGGAGAUAUGGACAUGGCACACAUCGAAGAGACACUACGGAGAUAUUAUCUGCAGUGCGGCUGGCAGCUCUAUUCCUUCGACAAGCUUCUCGGCGCCCUGGUGCGUUUCGCCAUUGGCAUGCUCGGCAGCGAAAGCGGCAAGGACAAGAGCUGGGACAUCCUUCAAUUGUUCCGCAAGGAUAGAGCCAAGGAUGAAACCUCUUUCCAGGACGAGAUGAACUACAGAAAGCAGACGGAGAAGUACACCAAAGACCUUGACAUCUAUGGAAUCGAAUAUGAUCAAGCAACAUCUGAAGUGCAAAUCAGGUUGAUCAAGAAGGACGACCCUACCAUCGACACAACUUCGAUGCUCCAGGAGGAUCUCUGGCGCGUUUAUGUCACCAACCUUCUCAAGCUCGCGCCGACGCCUGACGUCGCCGUAACCAGACGUCGUCCAGUAAUGCACAGAAACUUGCGCCAACUUAAUGUCGACCCAAGCACGCUUACUAGCGAAGAGCGGUCGGACGAGUACCGCAGGCUUUGUGACUCAGCCAUCUCAUCAGAAGGACUUGAGUUCCGAGUCGCAGUUGAGUUGUACCGCAUGUACUUCAUCAAGAACACUGAGGAGUAUGCAUACCAGCCAACAGCGAUCCGCAGCGGAGGCAAGGAGGGUGUUGAGGAGGCAGACUCGACAGCCCGCUACCGAAGUGAUCGUAGUCAAGACACUUUCGUCAUCAACAAUGCUGCCAUGAAGGGACUCAGCAAAGAGGAUGUCGAGGGAAAGAACUCUGGGUUCGGCGCUCUGGUCAAAGAAGGUGGUGUCACAGUGGCAUCAGGGUCUGCCGAUGAGGACGAAGAGAUGGAGGAUUAG